AUGAGCUCCAAGGCGCCGGGCCUGGCGCCGGGCGAAGUGUUCUACUUCAGCUUCGGCGCAAUGGUGAACCCCGUCGCUAUGGCGCGGCGCGGGAUCGACGCCCGCGAGUCGCAUCCGGCCGUCGUCCAUGGCUAUGCGCUCAGGUUCAACGUCAGUGGCGGGAUGGCGAACCUGGCGGAAGAGGAGGGCGCGUCCGUGCACGGCGUCCUCCACCGCGUCACCGCCGGCGGGUUCGACGUCCUCCGGCGCAUCGAGCGCUCCUACGGGCUGCAUCACGUGCAGGCAAUGCCGUACACGCCGAGCAACGACGCGACAGCGGCGCCCGCGGCGGACCCGGUCGCGUUUCCGGGGCGGCCCGUCGAGGCGGUCGCGUUCUUCAGCGACCAGGGGAUCGGCGAGUGCCUCCCCGGCGGCCGUUACAUGGCAAUUAUAGAACAAGGUUUGAUUCACCACGGAGUGUCAAAGGACUGGCGAGAGACGAUGCGGGAGCUGCCAAGGCGGGAGCGGCGAGGACCGGGCACGUUCCGGCGGAUUCUCGACCACGCUGAGCCCGCGGCGCCGCCGGGGGGGGUCCCGCCGAUGACCCUGGAGGACUGCCGCGCGGCGUGCGAGGGCGGGGCGCGGGCGCUGUUCGCGUACCGCGACGUGGUGGUCGAGAUCUCAUGCCCGGAGGACCCGGCGUUCGUGCGCGCGCGCGCGAAGCAGGACGCCGGAAAACCGUGGAAUGAAAACGUCUACAUAUGGAGCACGCACCUGUACGAGCCGCACCUGUCGUCGGUGUCGAGGCCUGAAGAGGUGACGCCGGACCACGAGGCGUUCGUGGAGGACCACUACGUGGACAUCGUUGGCGCGCACGGCGGCCGCUUGGCCGUCGUGGCCUGGCUGGCGGAGCAGGACAGGGAGGUGCCGCCUGACUCGUGGUGGAGCCCAGACUACCACUAG